AUGCAUAUUGAAAAGAAUUUCUUCGAUAAUAUAUUUAACACAGUGAUGGAUGUUCAAGGUAAAACAAAGGAUAAUGAGAAGGCUAGAAGGGACAUGGAAAUUUUGUGUGAUAGAAAAGAGUUGGAGUUGAAGCCUCGGCCUAAUGGAAAAUUAUUAAAACCUAAGGCAUGUUACAGUCUAACUUCCCAAGAUGCUAAAGCGGUUUAUCGAUGGUUAAAUGAAUUGAAAAUGCCGGAUGGUUAUGCUUCAAAUUUAGCAAGGUGUGCUGACACCAAAACUGGGAAGUUGCAUGGAAUGAAAAGUGAUGAUUGUCAUGUUUUCAAGGAACGAUUGCUUCCAAUUGCGUUCAGUUCACUACCCAACCAUGUGUUAUAUCCGCUAACUAAAAUAAGUCAAUUUUUCAGAGAUAUUUGUGCGUCAACUUUAAGAGUCGAUAGCAUCAUUAAGUUGGACCAAAAUAUUCCAGUUAUUCUAUGCAAGUUGGAACGCGUUUUUCCACCUGGUUUUUUCGAUUCUAUGGAGCAUCUACCUGUGCAUCUUGCAUAUGAAGCCUAUCUUGGUGGCCCCGUGCAAUACAGGUGGAUGUAUCCCUUUGAAAGAUUCAUGGGUGAUUCAAAGCGAUCAGUGAAAAAUAAAGCUAAAGUUGAAGGAUCAAUAUGUGCACAUUAUUUGCAUCGGGAAACAUCACAUUUUUGCAGUCAUUAUUUCAAUCAUUUGAUGUUAACUCCAAGAAUCAUAAGGAAUGAAUUUGAUGUUAACAAAAGAAGUCAGUUUACCUUGUCAAUCUUCGGUCUUCCCGGUCGCCCCUCUGGAAAGGAGAAUGUGCAUUGGCUGACCCAAAAAGAACUGCAAUCUGCACAUGUUCAUGUUCUUAUUAACUGUAUUGAAGUUAGGCCAUAUCUUGAGUAA